CUUCUUGCGCGCCUGCUCUCUCUCAUAUACUUUAACCGGUUCCUGCAGUAGCUUGUUCAUGCUAGCACUCCAUCGUUCUUAUCACAAUAACCACACACUCAUUAGUUUUAACAAACUAUUAUGUGGCUCAUCACCGGUCCAUUCGAUGGCGUCGAACAGGGGGAUAUGUCAACUACCAAGACUAAACUGCUUAAGCCUGGCAAAAACUACGGGCUUGGUCGUAAAGAGCAACCCCUAGUCGUGAACAACAAAAAGAUUUCUCGUGAUGCAUGUGAAUUCAGAGUGGGCUCGUAUACGCUAGAUAACAUGGUCGAUAUAUCAUACGUUCCCAGACUUGAACUAGCCAAUAACAAGCUUAAGAGCCUUAUGGUAAAACGACAGAGAGAAGACGACAUGACCUGCAAUCCGUCAGCCUCUAUUACUCUUGAGGAUGGAGACCACAUUACGAUCGUUUCUGGUAUUGUGGUAGAAGUACGAUGGCGACGAAUAGCAUGUUUUGUCCCUCCAGUCAGAGGCAUGCCCUCGUUUUCUUCUGAAGACUGCGCUUCAAUCGGUAUUAGCACGCUUGCUUCGGCACAUGAGCUUCUCACCCAUCACAUCACACCAAAGUAUGAAGUGACAACCCCGGUUAUGACCUCUUUGCUCUGCGCCGCUCAACUUGUCAAGCCCGACUGGUUGCAGGAACUCGUACGACUUGGAAAUACUCCCGCAGAAAACGAUGCUCUCGGUUUAACUAUCCUCGAAAAGUCUUUUGUCCCGCCAAUUGAGAGCAAGUACCGUCCAGCAUUCGGACCUGCCCUCCCUCCUGCGCUCAAGAGCUUCAAGCAUUGGGAACCAAGUGAAGAGAGGUUGAACUUACUAAGAGGCUUCCGCUUCGUUCUUCCCGCAGAGGACGGGGAAGUUGAUGCAGAGCUCAGGGACCUGGUCGUAAGGGGUGGCGCAGAAUAUGAAGGAUUUAAUCUGAAGGCGGGGCUCGCGAAGUGGAGGCAGGUGAUCGCUAAGGGAAAGAGGAAAGUCGAAGAGCUGAGAGGUGCAGGGAAGGGGCUGGUCGUGCUGGCGAAGAAUAGCGUAAUACAGAGGGCUGUUGAAGAUGAAAAGUGGAAAGAAAUGGUCGCAGAUGCUGCAAGUCUAAGCGCGUAUGUCGUUCAACUAGAGACAGUUCUUGAGGCUGUUGUUCACGUCGACGCGUCUCGCAUUGCAUCCUCCGCAAGCGAUUCACAAGAAUCAUCAAGCCACUCUUCUCCUUUGCCUUCCUUUGUUCCCAAUACGCACCCCGACGAGCCGUCUUUCCCAGAUGGCGCAGAGAAAGAAGUUCCCGGGGAUAGAAGCCAACGUGCUGUCUCCCCCGGAAAUGGAGGACAGGAUUCUACUAUGCGCUCACCUGAGCCUCCCGUUGUUCCUGAUUCUCCGCCGACCAAGCCGAAGCGAAAGCUGGUGCGACGAGUGCCUGUGCCGAUUGAGUCAAGCGAAGGAUCUUUGAUGAAUUUCAACAAUCCAGAGUCAGAUAUUGACAAGGCUAAACCUGAAUCCACACAAGCACCUAAACCACCGUCAGGCGGUCGUCCACGGUUGAAGCGCCGCUUAGGAUUGCCUGGAAUGCCAGGAGUUCCGCCUCCAGAGAUCAAUAUACCAGUUGUUACCAUCGACGUUGAUGAUGUAGUUGAGGAAGAACCCCCGCACAAGAAGUUCAAGGCCUUAUUUGAGGCGAGCGACCCAAACAAGAUGGUUUUUGAGGGUUCGCAGGCUUUUGACGCAGCCUACGACAAUGUAGUAGGCACUCAAAAUGAGAGUCUUACACAAACAGUGCGGUCGCCUGCCUUCGCACCGCCAAAGCGAUUACCGGUUGUAGCAGAGGAAGAAGAAAGCAUGAGCGGGCCCUCACAGCGAGCCAAGUCUGUUGCAUUUGAGGUGCUGCCUCCGGUGGAGGAUGGAGGACUUUCGUCCCAAAUGCCAGCUACCCAAGCUAGGAUGAAGUCAAAGGUACCUCCGUCGCGCCAGCCAUCAGAACAACCCCAGCCAACAGCAAAGUCGAAGAAAGCCACUGAUAGCGGCAAGCACGUGGUCGACAAGGACGAAGCUUUCCUCACUGCCGUUGCUUCGAAGAAACGCGGGAAGAAGACCGAAGAUGAUUUUGACCGCGAGUUUAAUAGGUUGCGGAUAACGAAACCGGAUCUGCAGCGCGAAGAACAGCCAUGGACGGAUAUGGGGGACUUUGACCUCCCAAACAUCCGAGGGAACUUUAUGGUCAUUGUGGAUAUGGAGGUGUACAAGCACUCGGACCGUUACCGCGAGGCUGUUACGAAUGACACUCGUGACUCUGUUAACAUGAACGUACCGAAUUUCAAGAAAUUUAAGAAGAAAAUAAAUGGACCUCGUCGUCCACCGAUCAACCUCGUGCUUGCAGAGGAGAAUGACUACGGCAUGGGCGCAGGUGGGUGCUUCAGUUGCCUUCGCAGGAGCGAGCUCAUCGUUUGGUAGGU